CUGGGCCGCACGCAAAAAUGCCCCAGGGCGAGCGGCGCGGACCUAGACAGGGCAGCGGAGCGCGUUUUUCGGCAAUCAAACGGAAUCGGGCAGCGCUACGAGAAGAAUAUAAAAAAAUCAGUCUAAUGCGAGGCAGGGGCUGAGUGAGGGAGGGGGUAAAAAUGUCGGCGUUUUGGGGGCUGAGUGAGGAUAGUGGGGAAAGCAAAGGCGAGCAGAGAGAAGCGAGGCCCGGCCGAAAGAGAGAGAGCGCGCGGAGGGAGGGGAGACACGGGCCAGCUGUCCCCGUCUGAUUGAUUGAGUGAUGUGGGGAGAUUUUUUGAUAAAGCGGCGGCUGGCCUGUUCAAUACUGUUAACAUUAAUAUCAGUCCAGUCACAUUUGAUGAUUUACGGAUGCGAUUGCUGUUCAUUCAAUGGCUGUUUGUUUCUAGCCGCUGAACCAUACACAUUGCAACGCCGUAUCAAUCCGCUGCUGGUCUUUUUUUGUAACAGGCUAGCCUAGUUAGCACUGUUUUUUGGCAGGGGAUCCUUUUGCUAAAUAUGGCGCUUCGCAUUUUGGCUUCACACAAACACGAGAGGCACUUUUCAGUUAGCCUAGUCGCUAGCCGUUAGCCUGUUAGCUUAGCCGCGGUGCAAUGAAAACAACAAAACCAGCCUAAGAAAACUGGUUCGGGUGAAAUAUUGUGUCGCGUUGGUUUGUAAAAAAGAUUUGUGGACUGUCCCCGGUGGUUUUAGCGCAAACCCGUAUCGCCUCAAGUGUCUCCCUGAAGCUAACACGGAGCUAACGCCAUGCUAAUGCUACAUCCAUCGUGGUGGGUGGGUUGUCUGCAGUGCUCUAUAAUGCCCCAGCUCCUGCAGUGUGAGCAGUGAACCAUGGCAGCCCAGGUUUCUAUAGACAAGUACCAGAAAGGAGAGCAACAGAUGCAGGGCGGCGUGAAGGUGGAUAGUGAGCCCGAUCAGAAGUUCAUGGAGGGGGCACUGUCUGAGGGCCACAGUCCCAACACAGAGCCACAGAGCCCGAUGGACGCAGACAAGGCCUCCAUCUACAGACACCCUCUGUUCCCGCUGCUGGCCCUGCUGUUCGAGAAGUGCGAGCAGUCCACCAUGAGCUCAGACUGCAUCACGUCAGCCAGCUUUGAUGUGGACAUCGAGAACUUUGUGAGGAACCAGGAGAAGGAGGGCAAGCCCUUCUUCAGCGAGGAUCCUGAGCUGGACAAUCUGAUGGUUAAGGCCAUCCAGGUGUUGAGGAUCCACCUGUUGGAGCUGGAGAAGGUCAGUGACCUGUGUAAGGACUUCUGCAGCCGCUACAUUGCCUGUCUUAAGACCAAGAUGAACAGUGAGACUCUACUGAGCGGAGAGCCCGGCAGCCCCUACUCCCCUGUGCCCGGACAGGCCCAAGGCUUCUCCCCCACCAAGACUCCGACGUCCAACUCCCUGGGUGCCCUCAGUCCUCAGGGCCAGAUUGUGGUCCCGGCCUCAGCCCUGCAGCAGGGCAAUGUCACUGUCACAGCGGUCAACCCCACUCAGGUGGUGGCAGGAGGCACCGUGUACCAGCCCGUCACCGUGGUUACUCCUCAGGGCCAGGUGGUCACACAAGCCCUGUCCCCUGGAACCAUACGCGUCCAAAACAAUCAGCUUCAGCUGCAGUUUCACCAGGACAUGAACCUGUUCAAUCACGACGACAGCUCCUCCAAGAACAAGCGCGGAGUCCUGCCCAAACAUGCCACAAACGUCAUGCGCUCAUGGCUCUUCCAGCACAUUGGACACCCCUACCCCACAGAGGACGAGAAGAAGCAGAUCGCCUCUCAGACCAACCUGACACUGCUGCAGGUCAACAAUUGGUUCAUUAACGCACGGAGGCGGAUCCUGCAGCCCAUGUUAGACGCCAGCUCAUCUGAGACGCCCAAAACCAAGAAGAAGACUCCCCAGAACAGACCGCUGCAGCGCUUCUGGCCCGACUCCAUUGCAGGAGGGCCCACGCAGCAGGUCACCAUGCCCGACGGCACCAUGGUGACAAUGAGCAUGGAGGGCCUGCAGAGCCUGACGUCAGAUGGGGCCACACUGGCCGUGAGGGAGGUGAUGCUGGGGGGACACAGUGAAGAUGAGUCAGGGGACAGUGAGGACGACGACGACAUGUCUGGGCUGGGCCUGGACCAGGACCCUCUGCAGUAGACCUGUCCACCUGUUCAGACCCUGUUCAGACCCUGUUCAGACCCGGGGUACACGUGUGCCCUUCCCUCCCCCUUAUGCACAUGUGGAGCUGGGACUGAGGACUCUUCAUGUUCACUCCACUGUGUUCAGUCCCACACAUUUGAUCAAAGCCAUGGUUUGGUCUGUGGCCAUUUAGGGCAAUCUGAGGUUAGGGAAUCAUUUAGUGAAGCUUCUGCUGUAGGAGCAUUCUUCAUAUCAAACAUGUGACCCACAGAUCUGAGCUAAUGUCAGCUCUGUGGGUCAGCUCCAGCACAUGUCCAUUUAGAUUUCACACAGGUGUAAGCUGUAAGAGGUUAAACUCUACUGUGGAGCACAAUUACAAAUGCCAUUGGGAAUGGCACUGUGUAGUUUAUUGCUAUCUUGAGGACAUUUGAUUUGACCAAGAUACUUGACAGAGCUUACCUUACAGGUAUUCACAAUGACCUGUAAUCAUGUUGCUGUAUAGGACUAAGGCUGAGCAAAGGGGCGACCGUGCACUGUGCUGCACUACACUGGACUCUGGGUCUGAAUGGGGCCGCUCCUCAGCACAAAGGACAGCUUGGACAUGAUCUUCAUUUCAGAAAGCCUUUUUUAAGUAUUUAGUUGAUGUAGACGAGUGCACUUUUUGUAUAUUUAAGCUGAAAAGAAGAAGCAGGCCCAGGCAGGAGUAGUGUUGAGAACACAGGCUCCUCUGGUCCUGUCGGCAGGCUCGCCUGGCCGCUGCCGUCCUCCCGCCCGCCCGUCGUCUCAUUUUGGAUGCCAACACUUAAAGUGAUUUGUGUAAGGGUUUGUCCUCACUUUUGCAUGCUUGUGUUUGAGUAGAUGUGCACUCCUACGACUGACUCCACCCAGACAAAACGGUGGAGAGAGGCUUAUUUUUAUAUACCAACAUGACUAGUGUUUCAUUUUGUGUUCUGUUUUGUAAGGAAUAUUUAUGUACAGAUUCAUAAUUAAAACUAGUGACCCUGUUUUCCAGGGUUUGUGAAGUUUUCUAAAACACAAA